AUGAAAGCAGUCGAUUUCCGUUGGCGCACUACUGAUUUAUUCCUCUCUUUCCAUCAAACGCUGGAAGCGUUCGACAAGUCGCGUCGGGUGUGGCUGCGUAAUGAUAUAGCUGCUGAUUUGCCAGUAACAUCCGAGGAGGGGAGAGGCAUGGAGUCAACAGGGCUUCAGCUGUGGGGCUGCUUCUCUUCCUUCUGGAUCGGGGGCCCUGACACUUGGUUCAGAAGAGGAAUACAAACUCUUGUUAAAAGGAGCUCCUUCCUCUCCCCUGCAUGCGCUGCCUCAGCUGUGCGGCUGAAGCCCUUCGCGGGCGUGCCUUUCCUCUGCCUUCAGCAGCAGCCUGCAGCGCUUCAAGCUGCUGUAGAUACACCCAAGCAGCAGCAGGAAGGAGCAGCAGAAGCGGCAGCAGAAGCAGCAGCAGCAGAGGCCGCUCCCCAGCAAGAAAAGCGAACACCGGGAGCAGCAGAAGGAGGAGGAGGCGCGGCAACCGCAGCAGCAAAUGCAGCAGCAGAUGCAGAAGCAGAUGCAGCAACAGAUGGAGCAGCAGAUGCAGCAGCAAAGAACAACAACUAUAGGCUUCACUUUUGCGAUGAGACGAACGAACCUGAAGAUGUUUGCAACGCUCAGUGGUUGGUGCUCUGGAGCUACGCUGCAUACGCACCCGAACGGCCUUCAGAUGAAGAGCAGCAGCUAUUGAAGAACUUCUUUGAAUUCUUCCCUGAUCAAUGCACAGAAGGGCCCGCAGCAAACUGCUACACAGAGGCAGUUAAGAAGAAUCCCCCAAGACAGCUGGUUGUAGUAUUGGGGUGUAUAGGGAGCUGUUGUUUGCAAGGGAAUGCGGAAGUGGAAUAA